CAGUAUCGGACGCAAUGUGUGUGUGUUUUUUUUUUGUGACCCCGCGUCCGUUCAGUAGUUUUGUCCUCGUGCCACACACUGUGCGGUCAUGAGAGGAUCAUGCGAAUGGAGCGAUCGUUUGUUCGCGUUCGCCCAUCCGUACACAACCUGGUUGAGUCAGUGUUAUUAGCAAGGAUAAGUUAUUAAGCGCCAUAUUAGUUGAGUGUGAGUGUGUGAUUGUGUGUGAUUGAUAAGAGUGAUUCAAUGUCGCUCUGUAGUGUGUCGUGAUCGUGUAUUUCUGGAGGAAUAAGUGUGCUUACGUGUGUAUCAUUCUUCACAACCUCCUCGAGUUUUAUCGUCCUCCUCAUCUCUUCCUAUGCUCCACCUACAUUAUAAUGUGCAUCACACGCGUAGAAUCUGAUUCCAGCUCGACCUGCUCCUCCUGCUCCUAGUGUUUGUUAUAUUACUUCGAAAUAAACAAAGACAACACUUACAGGCAGGUACCCCAUUCACCUCACUCACAUGCACACGGGCCACAACAAACAAAGCAUUUUAUUUUUAUCCGCGGUUUCGAGACAAAGCGUGACAAAGUAUGCUCCACCGUAGGUAGCACCUACAAUCGGCUUGGCAUGGAGCAUACGCAAGUACAUCCAUUUUUACGAGAGCUACGAAAAUAAAUCCCGCCGAUGCUCGGCGGGAGUCCAGCGACGGCCGAGAUCGAUGUCAGUUCCACCGCACAAAUCCACCAGCUGUGAUGCUCAGUUCUAGUGCCGUGCACCAACCGAGUGGACAUGAUCGUGCAGUGCAGUUUGCUAAAAUGAUCCAAUUGCAACGGACUCUGGUGACGGAUUGUGUGCAGUUUUUGAAAACCAUUAGAAGCUAUCUACGUGAGUGUGAAGGCCCAUGUCGGGAAGUUGAGGAUGGCCCUGUCCCGGACGCCGAGCAGAAUGGGUAUCAAACGUAUUUAAAUGUUCUCCAAAACCAGCAGCCAGAUGGUGUGCGUGAUCGGUUGAUCGUACAAUGUGAGGCACUGGUGGAGAGAUUCGAAAAAAGUGUCAAUGCGGUCAGCUUGUUGAAGGAGAACGACGUUAAGGGGACGGAGGAAACUCGGGAAGAGCUGGAGUAUGAGGAGGAAAAUUCGUACCUCGAUAUGAGUGGCUCACGCAGCACGCUUAAACCAAAUUCGAGCUCAUCCAAUGUCAGCAUCAUCGAAGCGAGGGAAGAAUUCGCCGCACAGCACGAUGAAUCGUUCGACGAGGAAAUGCUGUUCGAUACACCGCAGGAAAACUCGUACGACCUCACCACGGAUCAGAUUCUGUACGACGAGUGCCUGCAGGAGGUAAGCUACGAGCAGGAACCAUCCCCAACCACCGCACAGCGCGCUCCCACACCGGAAAACGCUCUCCACGAAAGUCAGUGCCCUUUCGGAGGUUUGCCAGCGUCCCACUUGCGUCUGCAACAGUCGCCCAAGCACGGCACACUGUUCAAGCAAGAGAAGCGCCUGUUUUUCGAUCAGUUCAAGAAGUAUUACGUGGGGCUGAUCGGUAAGUGGCUGCUGGUGUACAACAGCCACAACGAUCUGAAGCCCUGGCAAACGAUCUUUAUCAAGAGCAUCAAGCUGGAUCUGAAUCUGAACGAGCAGAUCAACGAGAAGCAUCUGUUCCAGAUCAUCACGCACACCGACUCGAAGGUACACUUCCUGUCGCCCAGCUUCCAGGACCUGAACGAAUGGAUCGUGGCGAUCGAGAACAAUCUGAUCGAGAAGGUGGAACGUCCGCCAGUCGAGGAGUGUGCGGGGUUGCAAAUGCCCCGCAAAUUACCUUUGCCACCGUGCCCGGUGGCACGGAGCGAACGGGAUGAAACCGAUUUACAUGCCACCGGACAACACGUGGAGGACGGAAUAUACGAGGAACCGUCGCUCUGCCUCAAGACAGAAUCCGACCAGAGGGCCAAAGCGCACGGAUACGACACACCGAAACCGUGCUGUGUAAGCAGCAAUGCGAAUACUUGCAAUUCGCCGCACAACAAUAAGAAACCCGAUUUACCGACGGUGAAACCGACCGACACGUGUGGUCCAUCCACUCCAACGCCCGUCAAAAGUUGGCUCAAGAAUCGUUUCAAUCGAUCUCCACCCGACUCGACCGACACGAAAGCAUCCAAGAAAGCGCUCAAGAAACUGUCCUUCGAGGAACUGUCGGUCCCGGAGGCGGGCUGCAGCAGCAGCAGCAGCGCGAAACAGAUGGCGAUUCCCGCUGCGCCCUCGUCGCCCAAGUUUUCACUCUCCACCACGCCCUCGAGCAAGGGCACGAAGAUCAACAUGAUCAUCAGUCAGCUGGAGGCAAACGGGCAGCUAAAUUUGCUGUCGAAGCGGUUGAACGACCCGGGCAAACGGUACACGUGGGUGGCGGACGGUGUAACCAGUUGAGGGGGCGUGCGUUACAGGAAGGCGGUUUAGCUUCAUGUUUUAUCUAUACCGUUUAAGCAACAUUAAAUUGUUCUAUGAAAUGUGAUCUUAGGCGCAGAAGUAAAAUAAAAAUUUGAUGUUAAACAAAAAAA